AAGUAGGCGGCCGAGGUGGUGGCUGAGCCGGCGGCAGCUGCCAGGGAAACCGAGGCGCGGGACGCACGGCCCGCAGACAGGCCGGCGGGGGGUGUCGUCCCUGCGCGCUCCGUUUGCCUGGGCUGAGGGUCUCUAGUCCGGCACCCUCCUCUCGACUCGGGCCUUUCCCUAAGCCCGCCAGGGGGCGCCGCACUGAGGGGCUGCAGAGUGGGGGGCGAGCGCGGCUGACGAGAGAAGGGGCGCGGGGCCGGGCCCGAGAGGAGGGGUUUCCCGCCCGGCUCCGGAGGUGCCCCUGGGCGGGGGACCGGGAGUCCUCACCUCCCGUCUGAGGCAGAGGUUCCUGGGGGCGGGCAGGGCGCAUCGCCCUCUGCCCCCGCCGGCACCCUGGCCAUGACGGGCAAGUCGGUGAAGGACGUGGAUCGGUACCAGGCGGUCCUGGCCAACCUGCUGCUGGAGGAGGAUAACAAGUUCUGCGCGGACUGCCAGUCCAAAGGGCCACGAUGGGCCUCCUGGAACAUUGGUGUCUUCAUCUGCAUUCGAUGUGCUGGAAUCCACAGGAAUCUGGGGGUGCACAUAUCCAGGGUAAAAUCAGUUAACCUCGACCAGUGGACUCAAGAACAGAUUCAGUGCAUGCAGGAGAUGGGAAAUGGAAAGGCAAACCGACUUUAUGAAGCCUACCUUCCUGAGACUUUUCGGCGACCUCAAAUAGACCCAGCUGUCGAGGGAUUUAUUCGAGAUAAAUACGAGAAGAAGAAAUACAUGGACCGAAGUUUGGACAUCAAUGCCUUUAGGAAAGAAAAAGAUGACAAGUGGAAAAGAGGAAGUGAACCAGCUCCAGAGAAAAAAAUGGAACCUGUUGUUUUUGAGAAAGUUAAAAUGCCACAGAAAAAAGAAGAUCCACAGCUACCUCGGAAAAGCUCCCCGAAAUCCUCAGCCCCUGUCAUGGAUUUGUUGGGCCUUGAUGCUCCUGUGUCCUGCUCCAUGGCAAAUAGUAAGACCAGCAAUACCCUAGAGAAGGACUUAGAUCUUCUGGCUUCUGUUCCAUCACCCUCUUCUUCAGUUUCCAGAAAGGUUGUAGGUUCCAUGCCAACUGCAGGGAGUGCCGGCUCUGUUCCUGAAAACCUGAACCUGUUUCCAGAGCCAGGGAGCAAAUCAGAAGAAACAGGCAAGAAACAGCUCUCUAAAGACUCCAUCCUUUCACUGUAUGGAUCCCAGACACCUCAGCUGCCUGCCCAAGCAAUGUUCAUGGCUCCGGCUCAGAUGGCAUAUCCCACAGCCUACCCCAGCUUCCCUGGGGUCACCCCUCCUAGCAGCAUCAUGGGGAGCAUGAUGCCCCCACCCGUAGGCAUGGUAGCGCAGCCCGGAGCUUCUGGGAUGGUUGCCCCCAUGGCCAUGCCUGCAGGCUAUAUGGGUGGCAUGCAGGCUUCAAUGAUGGGUGUGCCAAAUGGAAUGAUGAGCACCCAGCAGGCUGGCUACAUGGCAGGCAUGGCAGCUGUGCCCCAGACUAUGUAUGGGGUUCAGCCCGCUCAGCAGCUGCAGUGGAACCUUACUCAGAUGACCCAGCAGAUGGCUGGGAUGAACUUCUGUGGAGCCCACGGCAUGCUGACCUAUGGACAGUCGAUGAGCGGCGGAAAUGGACAGGCAGCAAAUCAGACUCUCAGCCCUCAGAUGUGGAAAUAA